AACGAUGUCGCCUUCGGGACUCGUACUUCUCAGCUCGCACUUUCGAGAGGACGAUGGCGGACAUCACUCCUCAGGUACAGGCGGAUGCAUCAGAGUGCAUCCAUCUCCAUCCCAUCCCAUGCAUCCCUCUGCUUUGUGUGUGUCUGCCUGUCAUGUCACGACAGGAGUACGACAAGAUCAGUCGUGCCUUCCGCCAUCCCGAGUUCCGCGGCCUCUUCCAGGAGUACGUCGAUGAGAUAUCAGACCCCAAACACAGAGAGGUGGGCGUCAUGCCGACAGUGUCAUUCGGGUGCAUGCCUCUGUCUGUCUGUCUGUCUGUCUGUCUGUGUCUGUGUGUCUGUGUGUUUGGUUAGGAGCAUGACAAGUACCUGCGUGAGCUGGAGGAGAAGGGCGAGGGCAAACCCGGCCAGCGGCUCAUAUUCCCUGAACCAGGUACGUAGGUGGGUGAGAGAUGGGAUGCGCGAUUGGGUCUCUGUUUCUUUGCACGCCUAUGGCCGGUAUAUGUCUGUGUAUGUCAGGAUGUUGCGUUAAGACGGCCGUGCAGCACCCCAACGGCUCGCAGCAGAAGCUCUUCAUCAACAUAUGCCAGUCGGAGAGGUCGGUGUGCUGUGGCAGCACCCACCAUAUGUCUGUUUGUGUAUGUGUGUGUAUCUGUGUGUCUGCGAUGCGCAUCCAUCAAUCAGGGUGCAUGACAUGAAGCAGACGAGUCAGGACGGCGGCACCAGUGUGUCGCUGCCGUACGUCCUGGGCAACCCCAGACCUGACAAAGACCACAGUAAGCAAACACAGCACGCGAGAGGCAGAGCAGCAGUAGGCCAUAUGACGAUGAGAUGGGUGUCUGUGCUUUUUGAUCUAAUGUCGAUCAGACGGCGCCGGCUGCCUGACGUGCGACAUGUGUGUGGGCACGCUCACCUACAAGAAACUAGAAGGUCAGGCAGGCAGGCAGGCAGUCGCCUCCCAUCGCUCCACAGAGCACAAUAAUCACACUCACUCACAGCCGCAUCCAUCCAUCCGCCCAUCCAUCCAUCCGCCCUAUGUCGUCAACGACCAUUGCAGAUCACCGCAUCAUGAAGCUGUGUGUGGAGGAGGCGUCCAAUGGGAUGAAAAGGCGGUACUUCACCAACAACGAGGAAAUCAAGAAAGGUGCCUGCCUCGUCAAUCAUCACCAUGAGUGUCACCAUCAGUGAAUGCCUCUCUAUGUGUUGUCUCUUGUGUGUUGUCUGUUGGUGUUGUGGAGCAGAUUUCAAGGUGCUCAAGUACGUGCGUUGCAAGGGCGACAAACCAUCGCCGCUGAGCGUCAACGAAAAGGAAAUAAAACCUCUCAAGGGCAAGGGCAAGAAAGACAGCACCAACAGGUGAGGCAGACAGAGGGGCACACACACACACAACACAAACAUAUAGAUAGGUGGGGAGAGGAGAGAGGGGCAGGGAGGGAGGGAGGGAGGGAGGACGCACCUGCACCGCACACGCACUCCGUUGAGUCAUGGUGUCUACUGCUGUCGAGUGAGUCAUCGUGAAUUAGCGAGUGCCACAAAGACACGCCUGUCUGUCUGUCUGCCUCGCAGCCAGACAGAGAGGGAGGGAGAGGGUACUCGGCCUUGUGUGUCCCACACUGCACACACCAGGGUCAUAUGACCCUCACACAAUCUGAAUGUGUGUCUGUCUUGCUUCCCUCCUCCCACCGUCCGUGUGUCUCUCCCUGUCUGUGUGUUCUGUAUCAGAGCCCUCUCUGGUGCGCCGAGUAGCAGCGCCAGGGCGGCACCGCCCGACGACGCCGAUGAGUCCAUCACGCCUGCCGAGGUGAACCGGCUGCUGGACAAGCUCAAGAAGGACAAGGCUCACAAGGAGGGCAACACACUCGACCAGCCCACGACGCAGGAGGAGGCCACGACCGCUCCUGCUGCCGAUGCUCCGCCGUCAGCGAGCCCUCCUGGUGGUGGUGGUGGUGUCAAUGGCGUGAAGAGUGAAGAUGAGAAGGGCGGCGAGGGGCAGGCGGCUGGUGCUCAGGGUGUGGUGAAGCCCACCUACAGGAUCAUCUAUGGCCAGGGUGAGACAAGCGGGCAUCGUGUGGGUGGUCGUGCUUGUUCACGAGCGCGUGGUGCGUGUGUUUGUUCAGGUGAGUUGCGCAUCGAGGGCACUCUGGGUCACGCCCAUGCCGACAAGUACCUACCGGUACGAACACACACAACAGAAAGACUUCCAUAUCGAUGCCUGCCUGCCUCCCUGAGUGUCUCUCUCUCUCUCUCUCUGUGUGUGUGUGUGUGUGUGUGCAGUCGGAGGCGUUGCGGCCGGCCACCAGCCUGAAGGUGGAAGUGGAACUGCCAGGAGUGGUCAGUCAGCCAGCUGCCUCGCUCGACAGACACACGUUGACUGGGGUUGUGUUGUGAAUGAAUGCAUUGGAUGGGAUGGGGUGGGUGCGGUGCAUAAUGCAGUCGUCAGCAAGUGAGAUCAAGACAGCCGAGUUCACCACCGACACCCUCACUGUCGACGUCCCCCACAGAUACCACCUGGUCAACAAACGCAGAGAAUACCAUACCCAUCGAAUGCCCUCUCUCAUUUGUCCAUCUGUGUGGGGUGUGUAUGUGUCCGUGUGUGUGUGUGUUCUCAGCAGGAGCUGCCCCUGCCCCUUCCCGUCAAGUAUGACGACGGCACUGCCAAGUUCCAGAAGACCAAGGCCGUCCCCACGCUCAAGCUGGCCGUCCCCGUAGACAUCGAUGCACUCAAGGCCAGGCGCAAGGCCAACACGCCCACACCCGCGCCCGCACCCGACGACAACGCCGCACCCCCGCCAGACACACACACGGCGAGAGGCCAAGGAGAGGGCGACCAUAGCCAGCAGACGACCAACGGCAGCCAUGAGACGGAGGCUGCUGCGGCACCUGCCCCUGCUGCUGAUGUGGUGGCUGCUCCUGAGGUGGUCGCCAGCCGCUCCCAGGCUCUCUGUGAUGAGGAGCUCGGCACUGGCUCGGCACUGCACAUAGUCGGAACAGGCGGCGAAGCAGUGCAGUCAGCAGACGAGUCGGCACAAAAUGGCAACCAAGACCAAGACCAGGAUGCCACAGCAUCGGCAGCAGCAGAGGAGACGCAGGAAGGCCCCAUUGCAGGAGACGCUGCAGCGGCACCGUCCGAGCAGCGUUCGAGCGAGAAGUCCGGCACCAUCCUCACCAGACCACAGAGAGACCGCGAGGCGCUCAACGGCGACCUGGUCGAACGGAAACAGCCCCCCGAAGAGCAGAGGGACGAUGACGAUGACCAGACACCUCUGCUGACCAAUGGCUGUGCCCCUCGCCCCUCCCCCUCCUCGUCCAUCAGGACCAAGGUCUACGACUACCCCGACAACGCCGCCAGCGUCAUAUCGGUGCUGCUGGAGCUCAGCGGCACCACCACCAUGCCCAGCGCAGUGGAGAUCGCGGUGCCGCAUGGUGAGGGCAGUGAGAGGCAGCUGCAGAUGACCCUCCUCCCUGGCGACGGGUGCGGAUGGGAGAUGAUGGUCGUGGCGCCGCUCAAGGUCACCCGCACAUGCGACCUGGUUCUGGAGGAGACGCGGGCAUUCGGCGUGACCUUCAACGGCCUGCAGAUCCAUGUGGAGCUUACCAAGAGAGCGGCGGACACACCGCCAUCAGCCGCCACUCGCGUGACGGUGCCGAUCAAAUGGCGGGAGCAACAGAGGUUGCCAGCAGACGAGGAGGGAGGACCAGAGGCAGCAGAGGAGGGUGCCGGCGAGUGCGGUGAGGGGCGUGAGGGGGACGAUGGCGACGAAGAUGAGUUCACGGAUAUGCCGCUGCCGAGUCUGUCUGAGGCGCUGUCUGGGGACCGGUCGGUGCUGAGCAUGCAUGGGAUCGGCACGCAGGUGACGCUGCGGGACCAGAGCUCCUGGAGGUAUAGAGAGUAGAGUGAGGGACGGACGGACGGCGGGAGGGCCUGUGUAUACGACGCAUGCGUAGCUGUGUGUGUGUGCAUGUCUCUGUGUCUG